CUGAACACUCUCUCGCUUAAUUUCAGCACUAUGGCCGCUCCGAUUUCCUUGUGUCUACAAUUCCUCUGCUUCACCCUCGCAAUCAUCGGAACACAUGCCAAGGGGGGCUCCUGGCAAGUCAUUGUGCCAAACGCUGGCAUUGCCGCCAUGCACGCCGCCGUCACCCGGUACAACACCGUCGUCCUGCUCGACCGGACUGACAUCGGCCCGUCCAAUAUAACGCUCCCAAACGGCAAAUACCGCAACGACACAAAUGACCUGGGUCCACAGCCCGAUUACACCGCCCAUUCCGUUCUCCUCGACCUCAACACCAACACAGUCCGUCCCCUCAUGAUCCAAACCGACACGUGGUGCUCCUCGGGCCAAUUCCUCCCUAAUGGCACCCUCCUCCAAUCCGGCGGCUGGAACGAUGGCUCCAACAAGUUCCGAAUGUUCACCCCCUGCGAACCCGGCUCCUUGUGCGAUUGGUAUGAGCUUCAAAACGUCAAUUUGUUCGAGUGGCGUUGGUAUGCCACGAAUCAGAUACUCCCCGACGGUUCUAUCAUAAUAGUCGGGGGCGUCGGCGGCAGCACCUUAGAGUAUUAUCCACAGAGACCUGGCGGCACAGUCAGUUUCCCGUUCCUCGCCAAUGAGGGAGACAACCAAGGGGAUAACCUGUAUCCAUAUGUUCACCUUCUCCCUCAAGGAAAUCUGUUUAUAUUUGCUAACAAUCAAUCCGUGCUAUACGAUUACAAUAGUAACGUGAUUUUAAAAACUUUUCCUCAGCUGGAGGGGGGCCCACGUAACUACCCGUCUGCCGGAUCCUCUACCAUGCUUGCAUUGGAAGGAGACUAUUCCACAGCUACAAUUGUCAUUUGCGGUGGGGCCCAAUACGAUGCCUACCUGAAUAAUAAUGUGAAUCUACCGGCCAAAGGGAGCUGCGGGCGGAUCGUGGCGACUGAUCCCAACCCUUAUUGGGAGAUGGAUACCAUGCCAAUUGUUCGAAUCAUGGGGGAAAUGGUGAUGCUACCAACAGGAGACAUAUUAAUCAUCAGCGGGGCUCAAGCAGGGUCGCAAGGGUUCGGAUUGGCAACUGACCCAGCUUUGAACCCGGUUCUAUACCAACCUAAUCAACUUUUGGGCUCCCGCUUUACGACCCUAAAUCCCACUACAAUCCCUAGAUUGUACCACUCGACCGCAAAUUUAUUGCCCGACGGGAGAAUUUUGCUCGCUGGAAGUAACACGCAUUGGGCAUACACGUGGGUUCAGCCUUUCCCCACAGAGCUGAGAAUCGAGGCCUUUUCGCCGGAGUAUUUGGACAAGGCGUAUUUCAGGCCGAUGGUGGUGGAGCCGCCAGAGACGGUGUGGUACGGGAAGAAUUUCGAGUUGCUCGUAACGGUGCCAUUAUUGGGGAAGAUAGUGGAGGUGAAUAUUGCAAGUGCGCCUUUCUCUACGCAUUCGUUUUCGCAGGGGCAGAGAUUGGUAAAGUUGGUCACCAAUGUAAUUUCGAAAGGUAAUAAACAGCUCAGGAUUGGGUGUAUGGCGCCGCCCAAUGGGAUGGUGGCUCCACCAGGGUAUUAUAUGAUGUUUGUGGUUAUCGAAGGCGUGCCGAGUGUCGCUAGCUGGGUCCAAUUGAUCUCCUAAUUUUCAAAUGUUGGUCUUCAUUUAUUUUUUUCUUAUUUAUAUAUCGUUCUUUCCAUAAUGUUGUAAAUCAGUUAUUCUGAAAGCAUUAAUAAAACUCCUUUUUUUUUUUUGUUAAGACUUGGU